AUGUUUAUUUAUUAUUUAUUAACUAUAACUCUUGCAGCACUGCCAAAGGCAAACUUGUCUAUUGGUCCAUUAUUGUAAUCACAAUAUGAUGAUGAAGAUUAAGAUUAAAUUGUUUAUGUUAAUGGAAAAGUACAUGAAAAUUUUGAUUUAACAUCAUUUCCAUCCUUAUCUUGUUGUCCUAAUAAUGUUACAAAAUUUAGAGUGAUGAACUUAAAUGCACAAGGGCCAACUAUUUAACGAUUUAAUCUUCCAUUUUAUAUAGAGAAUCUUGGUGAAGAACCUUUACUUAUUGAAUGGUUAAACAUUACAGAGGAACUUUCAGAUUAGGAUAUUUAAAUCUAACUUAAUUAUACAACAGAUUAACCAAUUAUAUUUGGUUUCGAUAAUUAUUUAGGAUUAAAUAUAACACAUUUAUGCUAUAAAAAACUUAAUAAUGACAAAUAUUGGAGUAUGAAACGAGUUAGUUUAUAAUUUGUAGGAUUUGAUCCUGUUAUAUUUAAUUAUCAAUUUUUAUGUGGAAAAGAUUAUUAUCCUGUAAGGUAUAAAUUUUAUUUAAUUAGAUUUGAUUGGAGUAAUAUUAUAUUAAUAUUUUUUGAAAGUGUAAUUAUAUUAGUUCUUUCUAUGUUUGGUAAGAUUUAUGCUUUUAAAGUUGUUUUCAUAACAAAAAAACUUAAAAAAGAAUUACCUUAAGAGAAAUUAGAUAAAAUUGCAUAGGAGAGUUCUCCAUUUUAAGGUUUUUCAUUAUCAUGGUCUUAAGCAUUAUUUUAUAUGAUACUAUUAUUGGGGGCUUUAUUUAUUUCAUUGUAAUUAUAAAAAAAGGCUGAAAUACCAAUAUAGGCUCUAGCUUUUGCUCUUUGUGUUUUUUGUACUAUUCACUUUAUUGAUGAAUUGUUUUGUGCAUUCCGAAAAUAAAUUCCAUUUUUUGUUAAAUUAAUAUUUUAUAUAAGAUAUUGUGAUAUAUUUGCUUUAAUUCUAGGUGUUGGAUUAUUUGCUAUUUAUAUGGCUACAGAAUAAAUCUGGAUUGUAAAUAUGUAUUUUUAUGUAGUUAAGCAAUUUAAUAUCAAUUUGUAUUCUUGGCUCGCUCAUUAAAUUAUUAAAGAUUACUUCUCUCAAACAUUGUUUAUUGUUUUUCUUACCAAUUAUGGCUAUGGAUAUAUUCUGUUCAAUUUAUUUAGCGAUUAAUAUUAGAUAUGAAUGGGAUAGUUUGAUUCUAAGAUAUUUUAAUACACCAUUAUCUGCUUAAAUUCCAUACUUUAGAUUUAUAUACAAAAAGAAAUGUGCAUGGGUUUCUAUCUUCAAUAUCCUAUUUCCAGGUUAAAAUCUUAUAUAUAAUAGGUUUCUUUCUUGGAUAUGUUCAUCGAUUUGAUAGAUUAAAAAAAACAUUUGUUUAUGAAAUAGUAAGUUUUUUCGGUCUUUUAAUUGGUUUAGUACUUUGGGUUAUAAUUUAAUUCUUGAUAUCAUUCCCUUUGCCUACGUAAUUUAUAUUCAAAAUUAAAUAGAUCAAUAUUCACAGAAGUUUUAAUGGUUUUAACAUGCACAUUAAUUGCAUUCAGAAGAAAUGAAUUAAAUUUAUUUUGGACUGGUAAUUUUUAUGAUGAAAUUUUAUUAAAUCCAUUCAAAAAUGAAAUGGAUAAAAAAUCUAUUAAAUUAAUUAGCUUUUUCAAUAUAGGUGUAUCUUAAGAAUUGAAAAAAAAAUAUGCUUUAAAUUCUGGUGUUGAAGAAACUGCUAAUGCUUAUGAACCAUUUGAAUUAGUAAAAGCAAAUUAAAAUGGAGAUUUAAAAUUAGAUUCUAUCUUAUUUGAAGGAUUGUAAUCAUUUUAAGACAUAUAUUCAUCACCUAAUCAAACAUUUAGAAAUAAUGACUAAAUUUUAAAUAAAUAAUAAUAAAAUACAAUUGAAACAUAAAAAUAAUAAGAUAUUUAAACUGGUCUUAAAGAAAAUAAAGUUACUUCUACUGAGGAUCCUAUAAUUUAAAAUAAAUAAAGUCUUAAUAAUUAAGAAAUUGAACCACUCAUCUAGAAUUAAAAUGGAACAGAAUUUAAUAAUAAGAUAAAUGAGAAUCCUUCAAUAGAGUAACCAUAAUUAAAUAUUAAUACUUAAAAUUAAAAAAAUUAAGUUGAAGAACAAUAAGAAAUAAUUGUUUAAUAAAAUUCUGAAUCUAUUGAUGUUCAAAAAUAAAAAUCUUUAGGCAAAGCUAAAAUUACUUUUAUUGAGAAUAAAAAACUUGAAGAAAUAAUUCUAGAGACUCCAAAAAUUUAAUCAAAUAAUAAUGAAUAGGACAAGAAAUCUAUAAAAAAUGACAUUAAAAUAGAAGAUAAAGAAUAAUAAAAGGUUUAAUAAGGAAUUUAAAAUUAAAAUAGUAAUCAAUAAAAUAAAGUUGAUUAAGUUUAAGAAAAAUAAAAUCUAUAAUAAAAUAAUAAAGUUUAUAGUUCCCCUGCUCGAUAAAAGUAUUAAGUUAACACUCAGAAAGCAAAAGAACCAGAAGUUGAUCGCUUUAAAUAAAAGUAAUAAUUAAGGCAAUAAAACGAUAAUUUUAAAAAAAACUUAGAGUUUUUCCAAAAUCAAGAAAAAGCAGGUAAUUUUAAGGCCCCUGCAAAAAAAUGAG